GGGAGGAUCUGAUAAACAAAACACCUUUUGACUUUCUUUGAUUCGCUUUGCGUAGCAUAUGCCGUUUCUACUGUCGCGGGCAGAAUGUCCGUCUCGGCAAAAGUCCUGUCAAGUCCCUCGCCUAUUCACUCGAGGCUCGGGCCGUCGAGUCGGGUCCAGCACAUUCACUCAAUAUCACUUCGCUAUGCGUGACUUAUGCGAAGACGCGCGACUCUUCUUGUUCACGGAGCGCGUCUGUGAAGACAACUUCGCGCUCUUUCGAUCUUUCCUCCACUUACAACAUCGACACCAACCAUUGCACCUCGAACAGCGUCAAGACUCUCAAGUAGAAUGGGGGCACAGAACAGCACUGCCAACAGACUGGCGUCGUCAAAAGACAAAACUGGACUUUCUCGUUCUGAACAACUUCACGCUCUCUACUCCAAGUUCCACUUCGAAUGCCGAUCUUGCCACACGCUGUUUACAUACAACGAAGUCAGCUCGAACGUCUGGCCCUGGUUCGUUUCCCCGGGUAUCUUUCGACCUGAUGUCCAAUCCCAGAUCUCCAAGCUUCGCUGCAAGGUAUGCACUACGUCGACGUGCCUUGGCUGUGGUGAGAGACCAACAUUAAACAAGACCACUGUUGUCACAUCUAUUGGCUCUUUGAAUCAUUGCUGCGAGGGAGCCAGACUCUUAGGUAUCUGGCUGAUUCUCUGCCACUUUGAUCAGAAGGAGCUAGAGCUCCGUGUUGCAUCUAACAACUCGAAGAAACAGGAUGAGGCCAAUCUUUCUAAGGACUCGGGGGUUGGGUACGAAGCAGGAUACGCCUCCGCGGGUUACAAGACAUCGGCCGCUCCCCCUGCUCCGACACAUGAGCAUUCGGAUUCCUUGAUCGCCUCUGUCCUUGCCCUACUUGAGGGUUUCCUACCUGACGUGGAGUUGGCCUCAGCCUCCCCUGCGGAGGAUCUCAAUGAGUUAUUACUCUUUCAGACAAGCUUUCUGAUGGAUCGUAUUUGUGCUUUGAUCCGCAACGACUCCAUCAAAGAGAUCACAGAGCGAUCUACCCUCUACCAUAGCCUGUUUUCAUUUGUUGAAAGCAUAGCUGAGAAUCCUAAGCUUAUUCAGCUCCUCUUUGAACAACAACCAAACCGAAAGAAGAGCCCUGGUCUUCGAGCUCUUAGUAUUGGAGAAAUGAAGCAAGGAUUUCAUGACUUGAGAGACUUGUCACCAUCCUUGUAUACUUGCUUCAGCAACACCUAUCGGCAAGCUAAAGUGUUCCUGGAACUUACAGAGAAGGAUGCUGAAGCCAAUUAUCAAGGGAAGCGACCCUCUAGCCACCCCAAAGGCCAAGACCCGAUCGAUAUCUGCAACAGAAUUAUCAAGCUUUACUGCUCACUUGAGGCUCAGUGCGAAUCUCUCGACAACAGCAUUCGUUCUAUGGAAGGCUUCAAAAACCCCUGGACGAAAUUUGCCGAGGAAAACAGAGUGACGUUUACUGACGAGGUUCUGGAAAAUCACCGUUUUGCCAAGAUGUUUCGCAGCCUCACUUCCACGACCAAAGACCGGAUGCUUGCCAUCGGAAAGGAGAUUUCUAAUAUGACAACAUCGCUCCCAGAUGGUGUAUUUGUAAAAGUUGCGGAGUCCCGCUCGGAUGUGAUGAAGGUGCUUAUUAUCGGAGUGGAAGGUUCUCCAUAUGCAGGAGGAUUAUUCAACUUCGACAUGGUUCUUCCGAGUAACUAUCCUCACAGUCCUCCGAAGAUAGCUUUUGUCCUGCAAGGAGUCGAUUCUGAGAGUCCCGCAAUGAAUCCAAAUCUUCAUCAUGGAGGCGAUGUUUGUCUUUCGAUUCUCAACACUUGGCCCGGUGACCCAAGCCAAAUGUGGCAGCCGAACCAGAGCACCAUUCUUGCUGUACUUGUCAGCAUCCAAGCAAUGAUCCUUGGAGCACCUUUGCCUUGGCUCAAUGAACCAAGCUUCACAGAUGACGACGAAAACCCACAAGCCUUUCAGCACAAGAUGCAGAUUCAAAUCAAGACCGUCAGACAUGCUAUGAUUGGCUGGCUAAUCAAGAUGAAAGGACCGAAUCCCAAGUCUAAUGCAAGCCCCUGGUUCGAUAUCAUCGAGAAAUACUGGGAAUACAACAGCCAAAAAGUCAUAGACACUGUGGAAGAAUGGGCAGUAGAGAAUCCGUGGCUGAACGAUUACAAUAAGAGCCAAAUAACAAUGAUGGGCUUCUUGCCGACCGAACCGCCGCAGGAGAGAGUGCCAAUAAUGAAAACAUCUGUGGACCUAGUCCAAAGACUGCAGCAGCUGUUGUUGAUGGCGACAGAUGAGGAAGAGAAUUCUUCAGACCACAAUAAGUCAGUGUCUUCAGAUGAUUCCGCUUUGUCUACUAUUGAGGAACUGGACGAAUCUGGCUCCAACAAGGAGAACAAUGGUGGUGUAGGCAAAGGGAAGCGCAAAGCUGACGACGACAUAUCGAAAGUCUCCAAGAAGCACAAGGCCAAAGAGUCAAAGCGUCAGAAGACAGUGAAGUGGGUCUACACGAGCGGCCAAACACGCAAGGACGUCCGCGCUGCAUGCGAGGCGCUCAAUAUCAAACCAUCUCGAGGCAUUGACGACACGAUUAGGCGACUUCAGGAGCGCGUCAAUAUUGACACGGAGAAGAUGCACAGCGAGGUAGCAUUGAAGUACGGCAAGCUCGUCAGUUCCUCUCUCGAGAGUGACGAAGAUGAUGAUGAUGACAGUGCCGACGAUGCGGAUAUUCUACCCUAAAGUGGUAAACGUCCUAU